AUGAUAAACACUUUUGUCAGAAAAACUUCAAGUGAUUUAAAGAUACAAGUAGGACAGUUGGGUGAAAUUAAGGAAGACGUAAUACCAAAUAAUGUACUUACUGAACCAUACAGACCUUGCGAACUUAAUGCUGCGAUAAAACAGCUAAAAUGCAAGAAGUCUCCUGGCGAAGACGGUAUUCUUCCAGACUUUCUAAUUAGAAUGGAGGCAAUAGCCAAAGAAACCAUGCUGCCGCUUUUAAACAAAAUCUGGGAGAGCAGUCUCCUACCUAACCAAUGGAAAGUUGCCAUAGUAAUACCAAUACUAAAAAAGGGCAAAGACCCUAGCAACUUUGACAACUAUAGGCCUUUUUCCCUCACAAGCGUGCCGGCUAAACUUAUGGAAAGAAUGGUUAACAGAGGGCUGACCUGGUUGCUUGAGACCAACAAUAUUCUUAGGAGUGAACAAGCUGGUUUUAGGCCACGAAGAUCAACGAACCAACAAGUACUCACUCUCUCCCAACACAACAAUGAUGUCCUUGAUUAA